AUGUCUAUCCAAUGGACAGACGACUGGGAAGCCGAGACUCAACCAACACUCGCAAGGUUGAUCAAGUCUUACAUCGACAGGGAGGAUUUCUCACACGCCGUUCGCGAAAUCCUGCGUCUAACCGAACUCCUGAUCCUGUCCAACCACCUCACUGAGGCCCAUUUGAUUGCCUCUGCGGUGUAUACAUUGGUAAAAGAUUUCCAAUUCACUGACAAGGGCGAACGUCUUGCCUUACAGAUAUGCACGCCUUCCACUCUAGACGUUUUUUGGAAUGUGAAUCAAUCAACCUUCCCCCGACCUAAGAGGGCACCACCCUCCCAUCAGAAAGACCCUGAAACCUGGCUGCCCCAACAUCAAUGGGGUAAAUACCGGGAAUGUACCCGCACGGGCUGGAUGCUGGAGCACGUUGGGCUUGCCGAGCCAGAGAGCCACUCUUCUACCUGGCGCGAAACAGAUGACCCAGCCAUGCUGGCGAUGUGUGCGCGACUGCUAGCUAAGACAACCACCCCGUGUACUUAUCCACCCGACGAUUUAGCACGGGAAGCACUCGAGGUGGCGCAAAAGCUCUAUGCGAAACCGGAUACACCGAGGGAAGAGUGUGGCUGGGGGCCCGAAAAGCCAAAAAGACAGUCAUAUUUACUGUACCGGCGGUUGGUUGUCGAGCUUGCGAUUCGCUUGGGUGAAUUGCAAACGGCGGCGGAUGUCCUUGGCCAAGGGCUAAGACAGGAUUUAUUUACUAAUGGGGGUGGCUUGAGUGACUUCUUGAUGGUGCCUGGUAUCUACGAUGUCUUGCCUCUACUAGCCCGUGGUGGGAAGGAAAGCAAUCCUUUCUUCAUACCCAAAGAGGAUGCAGUAGUUAUGGUGAGGGAGAUAACUGCUGCGCUGGAGCUACGGGCCGAGCAUGGGAGACAGUGGGCAUUGCAUCCAUCCAAGGUUGGAUGGGGGGAGUUGUUGGAUCGACUUGCUGAGGGGGCAUGGAAAGCCCACCGCAAAGAGUGUCAGGCUAUGGGCAUGAAAAGUGCCAAGGAUAUAUUGUAUGACCCUGCCUCUGAGGAGGAAAUCGCAGCGGCGGAGGAGAAAGUCGGUGAGUUGCCCGGUGAUUUCAAGGAGAUGGUUCGAUUGGCGAACGGAUUCAAGGGUGGCUGGCAUUUUUUCGCAGGUGGUAUAGCGGGAAUUCGAUCUGUCACCACAGAGGGAGGCCGCUAUACAGAAGUUGGCUAUGAGCAUUACUAUGAUGAGCUGGGAGACAUCGAUUACGAGAUGAUUCAACUUGAGCCCGCCACCGAAUGCGAUUCGUUCGAACAUUUCAUUGUUCCGCCUAGGUAUUGGAAGGAGGGUAGGAUGCGGGCGGGAAAAGAAGUCAAAGACGGCGAGUAUCAGUACUGGCAUUGGGCAUCUUGGUCAGGGAGUGGAAUCCGUCACUGGGACUCUGUGCGGGACUUCGUUUGUAGCUGCGUGGAGGAGGUAGAGGAGAUGAUCGAGAAAGGCGAAGAGGAGGACUGGGAACCAAGCCCGUAUGUAGAUUAUCCAGGGGAAGUUGAUAAAGCUUGA